CCUCCGCCUCCUACAGCAACCAGCGCCACAGUCGCGCCCACAAUCCACAACCCACAACCAUGUUCUUCUUCUUCACCUGCGGAACACACACCUUCAACUCAGCCGUCAAAGGCGCAGAGCACAUAACCGUACAAUGUCAAAACUGCGGAAACUUCAGCGGCCGCGUAACGAAGCGCUGGGAAUGGUUCACAUUCUGCUUCAUCCCCAUCCUGCCCUUCAGCCUGAAGCCGCACCAGGAAGUCGGCUGCCACAUCUGCAAUUUCUGGCAGGACGUCAAGUAUCGGCCGGACGUGCAGCAGCAGAUGACGGGGCAUGCGGCGGGUCACGCGGAGCAGCAACAGCCUGCUGUUAUGAUGCAUGGUGGGCAGGGAGGGGGACAUCCGACGCCGGCGGGUGUGCCGCAGUAUAAGUGA